AACCAGUAUUCGAUAUUCACCUGUAGUGUUUUUAUUGCACGUCUUUUGGAGAGUACGAUCAUUUAACGGGCACAUAAAAGUUAACUAUUUAUUAUAUUACAUAUUUAAGUCCCUCCCAUUACUAUACAAUUUAUUAUCGCGUGUAAUAAAUACUCUUGUAACACCAUGCAAAUUCGGUUUAAUCUCACGCCUUCGGCAUUCGUCGUCAUUAUUUUCGUCGUUUCUUCGUUAAACGCAAAGUCUGUCUCUCUGCAGAAUCCCGUUAGUGAUAAUCGGUCCAGUCCGGACAAACCCAGUGCAAAACAGUCGUCUGAUAUCAAUUUAUCUACAUCUCGUAUUGAUGCCGUAGAAAAGUCUACAGCCGACGUCAUCGAAAAUCAUACUUUGGCCAUGUCUCUAGUGAGCACAACUACGGUUUCGUCUCCUGCGAACAUCACUACGGAAACGUCUACGUCCAAUAACAUCAGCGCGACAACGAUUUCCGAGAGAACAGACAAGGACACCACCACCUUCCAGAAGUCUAUCGAAGAAACGAAAUUGGUACAAGCGAAGACAAUGACCAGCGUAGAAACGGUAACCGAAAACAAGAUAUCCACAGAUCGGACAACCGAAAGUGGAAUUUUGGACACGAGAUUUAUAAUUAGAUUCCAUACAAUUAAUCGUAAUGCUUUGGCUACAAUGACUCCUUGUAGAGACGGAAUAUGUGAAAAACCAUUUACUGAAGAACCAUUAAAAUAAUAUUUAUUAUUACGUAUUAAAUGUUUAUAAUAUAUUUGAUGUGGUAUCUUGUUUGCUAUAGCCUAUAAUAAGUAGGUAUAAAUUAUUUAAAACUACGCAAAUUAUUUUGUUUUAUUGAUGUGGUUUUUUUAAAUAUUAAGCAAAUAGAAAAUUAUUUAAAAUUUUACAGAUUUUUUUAAUAUAUUUAUGACACAAAUGGAUGAAGGGUGGGAAAGACAAAACAAGAAUCUCAAUAUCGAUUUGGAAUUUUGUUACAUAUUUUUAUUAGUCUUAUCAAUUAAAAUAUGUACUAUUACUAUUGUUAUUAUUAAUUCAUUCUAAAUAAAAUAAAAAUAUAAGUGAUAUUUCACUUUAUCUAAACCAUUAUUAGUAUGAAAUGUAAAUUAUUUUCAAACAAUAUAAGUAUUAUGCUUACAUCGAAA